CAGACCUACCAGCUUGCCCGAAUGUGUAAUUCAGGCAGUCUCCAUGAGCGCGUCUGGGCUGCUUUUUUGUUUGUUGGUAAAACAGUAGAAUUCAGCUGCAGCAAGGACCCAAUAAACAGUAAUACAUCAAUAACUCCUAAUAGGAAACUAAGAGUUGCAGGACUUACUGUCUUCUGUUUCUAAGAUUGUAAAUUUUGUUUUCAAAGAAUGGCAUUGAACUGGCAAAAAAAGGGCAACUGUUUCCCUAUCAGUUUACACUGGUAAUUCAUUAUGCAUGAUACAGAAUUAGAGAGCUUAACUGAAGGUCUUUGAGAGAGGUCUCGAGCAAUACACCAUAGAAGCUUUGUAGCUAAGAUGCUGCUGUUUCUUUCCAAGCAAAAUAUAUCUCAAUCUAAAAAACCAGUUUGACAGCUUUUUUUUGUUGUUUUUUAAAAAACGUUUUUCUUUAAACAUGUUAAUUUGUUUCAAAGAACAUUGUAAAAAGAAUUGAACAUGGGCUUGAUGUCUGGAAGUCACACUUGAUACAGAGCUUUUUAUUAUCAUUUUUAAUGUCGUAAUAUGUUUGCUGCUGCAACCAAAAACUUUGUUAAACAGGUUGGUGAUGGAGGAAGACUAGUUCCAGUGCCCAGUCUCAGUGAAGCUGACAAAUACCAACCUCUAAGCCUUGUGAUUAAGAAAAGAAAAUGUUUACUUUCAAAAAAAUCUAGAUUUGCUUCAACACCUUUCACAUUAAAAGACAUUCUUCAAGGAGAGAAAGAAAUUUCUGCAGGUGUCUCAUCUUACCAGUUGCUCAACUAUGAAGACAAAUCAGAUGUUUCACUCAAUGGUAGAAGAGGAAAUCAGAUAAUGAAUGAUGUUGGGUUUGAUGUUGCUGGAUCAGAUUCUGUUGCCUUUAAAGCUUCGUUUGGCAUAGUGACCAAACAUGAGGUUGAAGUACCAACGUUACUUAACGAACUUACUACAAGAAAAAUAAACUUUGAUCAUUGUCUAGUCCAUCAAUCAAGAAAAAGUAGGAUGGAAAUUUUGUGUGUGGUUAUGGAAAGUAUUAGAACUACGAGGCAGUGCUCCUUAACUGUCCAUACUGGAAUGCGUGGAGAAACAAUGAGGUUUCACAUUAUUGAAGAUCAGAAUUAUAAAGGGCGAGACAAAGCCAUUGUUUUCCCUGCACAUACAACUAUUGCUUUUAGUGUAUUUGAACUUUAUAUUCAUUUGGAUGGUAAUUUCGAACUCUGUGUGACUCCAGUUUCAAAAGGAGGAUUUGAAAAAGAGAAAUCUGGAUCAUCUUCACUGACCAAAUUAAGGAGGUUAAAGAGUAAUCUGUUUCAUCGAAAUAAGAGAGUAGUGGAUACCAUUGCUAACUCUGAUGCUUACUUGGAGGAUCUUUUUACAGAUUACUAUGAAAAAGCUGCGAGCAUGACAGACCUCUCUACGAGCUAUCUCAGAGAAGGGUCUCAUAUCCGAAUUAAUUUACUUAAUAACAACAUCCCCAAAGGUCCCUGUGUACUUUGUGGAAUGGGAAGUUCUAAAAGGGAGACGGUCUACGGGUGCCUAGAGUGUUCUUUUAAUGGACAGAAGUAUGUACGACUGCAUGCUGUGCCCUGUUUUGACCUCUGGCAUAAGAGAGUAAGGUAACUGAGCUAGGUAAGUGCCUGUUGUCACAGACAUGGGCAUAACUGUGCCACAGACUUUUCAGAAUUAGUAAAUAUGUUGACAUGCAAAAUAGUGAAAGUGCAAAACAUUUUAUUACACUAUUAUCUUCAAAUUAUUUGCUUCAUAGUCAAUGACCUUUUACUUGAAAAUGCCCUCAUGCAUUCCCCGACAUUGCCCCUCUUCUUUCUAGAACCUUCCUCUUUCAUUAUCAUAAUGAAAAAUGUACUUUUAAACUAUAUUUUCAUAAUAUCAAAAUAUAUGCUAGAGCUUAAUUUUAAGUUGUUUACACAAACUUGUUGUUAAACCCCCAUACAUUGCCUUUAUCUACACUGGCAUGAUGGUAAAAUGAGAGUAUUUGUUAAUAAUUUAGUGUUCUCAUGAAUGUUUAAUUGAAGUAUCAGAUUAAAAAACAUGCUAAAACUUA